AUGACUACGGACGCGAAUGCCCUAUUGGGCCAGUUCUCAUUUGCACCAGCUACCCAGACCACCGUCGUGACUACAACCACGACCACAACCACGAAGUUCCCUCCGUUGCGUAUGCGGCAACCGCGUCGGAUGCAGGAUCUAGACCUCAAGCAGUACCCCCUCGCAGCUACCCCCACACCACCAAGUCUGAAGAAGAUACACUUUGAAAUAGGCGGGAAGCAGUCCAUUUUCCAUGAAGCAGAAGACACGACGCUGGCAUUGGAACAGUUUGAAGAGGAGCAGCGAACUCUCCGGAACGUUCACGGGACGGUCGAGACUGUGGAGACCUUUCAACCAUGGACAGAAGCUCCCCAUGAUGGCUCAAUCGUUGGCGCCCUACAACGAAGACCACUGAGAAGGCCUGCUUCACCCGAGUCCAUCACGGAUAACGAAGAGCAUGUACAACCGCAGGCAGCAUCUUUCGCAUCACAUCGUUCCGUUUCGACCACGAGUCGUCAUCGCAGCUCUCUGGGGUCGAGUUCCCGGUUCCACGCCACGAAUCCCGUCACUCCAGACAGCGGUCCGAAACCUUGUGGUGGGACCAGUAGGCGGUUGACACGAGACACACCUAACCUGAGAGGCAGCACUACUCUGUUACCUUCCCCGAGCAUAGAUCAGCAGCCUACAUUCCAGCAUGCACCACCUCUGUCGCCAAAACCCAGUCAGCAAAAUGGACUAGUCGCAGACAAUGGAGCAGUCUCGAUAGUCGACCGUGCUCAGCGCAAUCGACGGGCCCCUCGAGACCCCUCACAGGAUACUGCAGUGCCGACUCCGCCCAUUGACGAAGAGGCUGAGUUGUCUUCAGCAGGGCCUCUGGGUAGACGUGCUUUGUCGUCAGUACCAGCUCGACUACAUGUUGCAGAAAGUCCGUCAGGGCAGGACGGAAGUCUUCCUAGUCCGAGCCUCUCUCCUGUUACGGCUGCGGCAACACUGCAGCAUGCUGGCUAUUUCGCAGAUGUGGAUUCGAAUUCUGAAAUUGCCUCCCAAUAUGAGGAUGUUCAAAGAACUGCUAUGCUACAGCGGCGGUCGCCAGAUCCAUUCAGCUUGGGUCUAACCGAUGAUCCUCAGGCAUCGGACGACAAUAGACACCUCUCGCGCUUCAGCAGCGGCUCGGUGGCGGAAAUUCCGGCGCUCAUUGACUACUUCGAACUCAUCCCGGACGAGAUGAAAAGUUAUGUGAUGCACCAGCUGCUGCGGCGUUGCCCUAAGCCUACGCUGCAGGUGAUCGCAGAUGCGGUCAAUCCCGCCCUGAAAUGCGAUUUCCUCGCCACCCUCCCGCCCGAAUUAGCCCUCAAUAUCGUCAGAUUUCUCGACCUCAAAAGUUUGUGCAAGGCAGCACAGGUGUCGAAGAAAUGGCGACAGAUUAUCAACAGCGAUGAGAGAACCUGGAAGGAACUGUUCGAAGCUGACGGCUUUACUAUGCCGGAAGGAGAACUACACCAGGCCAUCAUGCAAGGUUGGGGUUGGCAAGACCCUUAUGGCCCAUUUGGAUAUGAGGAGGACCUAAGCUACACAAAUAAAUCCGAGACAGAGGCGAUCGCAUCCCCCCCUUCGACGUCGCAACCUCGCAGUCGAUACGACGGAAUCCUGCGACGAUCAAAGCGGAAGGCCUCCACAGUUCUCUCCAAUCGCCACAAGCAGAUCAAGCGGAAGAACAAAUCCCGACAAGACAUGGUCGACGUCACAUCUGCUGACUGGAUGAACCAAGUCUCUUCGGCAGAAGGCCCUUAUAAUGCGGCUAAUGCGGCAAUUCUGGCAGUACCGCAUCCGAACGUCCCUUUCCCCAGCCUGCGGGGUCUGCAUCUCUACAAAUCUCUGUAUCGUAGACACUAUCUCAUCAGGAAAAACUGGAUGUUCGAAGAUACGAAGCCUCAGCACAUCGCGGCCCAUGCCCAUGACACGCACGUGGUUACUUGCCUGCAAUUUGACACAGACAAAAUCUUGACUGGAAGCGAUGAUAACAACAUUAACGUCUACGAGACCAAGACUGGUGUCUUGCGAGCUGUUCUCUCUGGACACGAAGGCGGCGUUUGGGCUCUACAGUAUGAAGGGAACACACUCGUUUCGGGAUCCACCGAUCGGUCAGUCCGUGUCUGGGACAUUGCGGAGGCUCGUGAGACUCAUGUCUUUCGCGGCCACAACUCAACAGUGCGAUGCCUACAGAUUGUGUUUCCCGUGAAGGUCGGCGAGACUGCAGAUGGCAAGCCGAUCAUGAUGCCAAAGCAACCAUUGAUCAUCACUGGCUCCCGUGACUCAACCUUGAGAGUGUGGAAGCUUCCGAAGCCGGGCGACCCAUCCUUCAUCCAGACCGAAAAUGAGGCUGAUGCCGACGAUUGUCCCUAUUUUGUCCGGACGUUAAGCGGUCAUCAGCAUUCUGUCCGCGCCCUUGCGGCCUAUUGUGAUACGUUGGUCAGCGGAAGUUACGACUGCAUGGUUCGAGUGUGGAAGAUAUCGACAGGCGAGACCACUCAUCGCUUGAUAGGCCACGCACAGAAAGUCUACAGCGUAGUCCUUGACCAUGAACGAAACCGAUGCAUAAGCGGCUCGAUGGACAACAUGGUUCGAAUUUGGGACCUCAACACUGGCUCACUCAAGUAUAUGCUCGAAGGCCAUACGUCUCUUGUCGGCUUGCUUGAUUUGAAUUGCGACAGACUUGUCUCUGCCGCGGCGGACUCGACUCUAAGGAUCUGGGACCCUGAAACCGGACAGUGCAAAGCCACGUUGAGCGCCCAUACAGGCGCAAUCACAUGCUUCAAGCACGACCACCAGAAAGUCAUCUCUGGCUCGGAUAGGAACCUCAAAUUGUGGAACAUCAAGACUGGCGAGUGCAUCAAGGAUCUCCUUUCUGACCUCAGCGGUGUCUGGCAAGUGAGGUUCGAUGAGAGACGCUGCGUUGCAGCGGUACAGCGGGAUGGACUAACAUACGUCGAGAUUCUCGAUUACGGCGCUGCUCGCGACGGUGUGCCUGAGCGUGAUCUUGGCCGACGAAUACUUGUUGACGCUAACGGCAAGGAAGAGCGUAAUGACGACGGCGAAUUUCUAGAACUUGAAAGCAGCAACGACGCAUGA